AUGUCUUCACCUUCAUUCUUUAGCAUUGGAAUUAUCGACAUUAAUCCAGAAUUUAACCUAUUCCUUUCUAACGUUCCAAUGGCCAACCUAAGCUGUGCCUUCUUCAUUUGUUGGCAAGAAUACUCUACAGAAGGCAUACCACUCACCACGGCCUAUUUAGCUGACGAAAGCGUAAGAGACGAAGAGACUACCACUGGGGUGGAAUUUCGAGAAGGGUCACUCACUCCCCUAGGUGGUUUCAUUCCUGCUAUAUUGCAGAACCCGCUGGUUAUCCGUAAUAUCCAGAAUGACCCGCGCAUUGGAGGACUGAAACUUGUCGUAUAUGAGUGGGUCUGGUUUAUCAAGCAGAACCCAGAAUAUAUCGAGCGGCCGUUCUUUUCUGUAAGCACAGAGACUGUCCACUCAUACAUCCGAAAUCAGCUAACAUUGCAGGGCGUUCUCGAUCAGAAUGGGAGCUUCGCAGCUCAGUGCUUUACCUAUCUCGAACCAUGUAACCCUGCCGGAACGCGUACGGCAUAUCAUCUUACACGAUCUGCCCUAGGUAAAAAGUGCUAG